AUGCAUGGUCCUACCCUGACGAUGCCUUCGAUUUUCGAAUCGAAUGUCGUUUUCCCUCGUUCUCACUCUUCCUCCAACAUCCCCGAUUUAAUCAAUGUUGACUACAAAAAGUCAUCCAUUCAUAAUGAUAUUGAACUUCCACGAUCUGCGAGUUUCAGCACCCUACCAACCAUUGAAGACGCCAGUCCCGAUUAUAAUGAAGGAGAACUACAUAGACUAAACUCUGCUGCGAGCACCCCGUCUUUUCCAUUUCCUCAAAUAGAAACAACACCAAUACCGAAAUCAUGUUCGGUUCGAGAAGGGAAAACGAGUAAUCGACUUACGAAGGAAGAAAAGUCGAAGAAUGAGAGAGUAGGAAGGAGAAAAUCACUGGUGGCACGUCCAAAAUCUUGGAUUCAAAAAGUGAAGGGAUCUCCUGAGAGAACCCCCGCUCCUGAAUAUGCCCACCUAACACCAGACGAAGUACCUCCAGUGCCGCAGAUUCCCAAGGCUUCCCGAGACAAGACGAAAUCUGUAUCGGAAUCUUUUGCUACGUUUGCACGCAAGUCCUGGAUUUCGUCAUCCUCAAGAUCACCGUCCCCAAGUAAUCGAAAGGCAGGCAAACAAAUUGAGGACGAUGGAAGGACUGAAGGACCAACAAAGAUGGCGACCACGAUACUUGCUCCUCCUGCGGUCGUCCCGGCGAAAUUCGACCACACAGUUGAGGAUAUUGACAGUCCUGCCAAACCAGCACCAGUGAAGAGGACUUCCACGCUCCGAAAGAUCAGAGAGAGGCCACAGAGUAUAUUGGGGAAUUUCACAACUCUUAGUUCCGUCAAUUCAUCCACCAGCAGUCUACCAGCUAGCUCAAUAUCAAUAGAUAAUAGGUCGACUCCAAGGACUUCAACUGACAAGGUUCCACCGUUACCGAAGAAUUUCUCGACCGAAAGGCUCCUCAGUGUCGAGACACCACGAAAACGAGACGAACUUUGGCAAAAUUUUCGAGGGUUAGAAAACGACUACUCGAAAUUUCAAUCCAAAUCACUAUCGUUAAAAACCAACGUCGUUCGCUCUACAUUAUUACCAUUUCUACGAAAUUACGUCAAUCAUCCGUCCAAUAGAUGUCUUCGUCCGGAAGAUAUUGAUAGACGAAUUAAUAUAUUUAAUAAAUGGUGGCUGGGACUUCUGGAAGUACUUGACGGGCGUGCAAAUCAGAUUGUUUCCGGUGUAGAUCGUCCUGUGCUGCUUGAGGCUAUUGUGAUGAUUAUGACAAGGCCGGAAUGGAGGCUUGGACCAUCACAAUUCUCACCCCUAUCGGAAAGAUCCCCGAAUCGAUCUCCUGAUCGCACUGAGCGCAUGUCUAUACGGGGGAGGAAAUCAUCAAGCUCGUUAAACUCGUCAGGGUCACAAUUUUUGGCCGAAUCCGUCUACCAUAACGUCAGGAAUCUGUUUAUUCAAAACUUAACCUCUCAGAUGCAAUUUGUGGUUUCUAAAAUGUCCCUCAGACAUGCCCCUGCAAGUUUGGUCACAUUUUGUGGAAAGACUGCGGCUUAUGCUUUCUUUUUUGUGCCUGGCAUUGCAGAAAUUCUGGUUCGAAUAUGGAAAAUACCCGCUGACAUCUUGAAACGCGCUGCCGAUGAGUUGGGUUUACCAAAACGACUCAAUAAACUAGAAACUGAAGAAGUUGCGGCCACAUUUCCGCCACAUAUUCGAGGACUGGGCUGGACAUCAGUGAUGACAAUGUCUAAACUGCUCCGGAAAACCCCUGCAUUGUCCAUUCUGGUUUCUAGAAUACCUUGGUACGGUCCAUGGACUACUAGAUGGUGCGCACGAGAUAGUGAUCUUUUCUAUGUGUUCUCGAAGCAUUAUCAUAUCUUGGCCGAAGAAUUUAUGCCGCCGAAUCUCCCCUUUACGAGCAAAGCACGUGCGCCAGGAUUUGUUCUAGUCCAAGCACAGAUUUUGAUAGGUUUGGAUGGUACAAUCCAUCGUCAACCAAUUGCUGAACCACUUCCGAUUACGAUUGACGACUUGAUUUCAGCCGCUGAUGCCUCUGCUACUGCUUUACCUUUGCCUUCGACCAAUUCUGCGAGACUAAUGGCCGAGAAUCGCUUAAUCAUGCUUCUUCGAGACUUUCUUUCUGAACGUCCUGCCAGUUUUGAACCAGCUCGAAUGACUUUUGCACAGGCUUUUGGCAAAAUGAUACAAGCUUCGACACGAAGAACGUCCUUAUUUGACCACAAUGCAUGUUUUGUUUUGUGUGACUUCAUGGAUGAAGCCCUUUCACUGUUUGUUCGAUUCCAUCAUGCUCAUGAAUUUGAAGAUGAUUUUAUCGAUUGGCACUUCUGGUUAGAGGUUUGUAGGAAGAUGUUGGAAAGUCAGAAUAGCAUGUCAGAAAUUCGCUUGUUCGCCUUCCUCUAUUCCGCCUGGAAUGUUAUCGCGAAUAAUGAGGCUCGAAAAGAGAUUCUGUGUGUGGAGUGGUUAUUGACCGAGGAAACUUUCGAUAAGUUCUUUAAUCAUUGGUGUCCUAUGGUUCGGGCAUAUUAUAUGCGCUUGUUAUGCUGGAGGUUAUGUCGAGAGGAUGGGGAAGCUACUGAUCUUGAUACCAAAAUCUUUGGUAUUGUUUCCUCGCGGAUCAAGGCUACUUGGGCGAAUUAUCUCUUCCUCAAACAAACGGCGGAAAGAUUAGACCUGCUUCCUCCUUCCACGGCACCCUGCCUUCCAGCACCUAGCCGAAAGUUCCUUAUCCUCCGCAAUGACACACAGAUGCCUGCGCCCAGUCUGUUUCUUGGAUUCGAUGGCUUAAUGACAAUUAACAACGCUUCUAGUUUGAAGAAGCCAUCCAACGCAUACAAAAGGCAGUCACUUGUAGGCGAUCUAACACAUCUCGAAACCAAUGAAAAGGAAACUCCAAAAUCGGCUAGCGCAACCCCCACAACCCCAAACAAGAAAAGAUGGACAUUUAUGGGGAAGAUAAUCCCAUCUCUGUCUCCUUCGCCCGAAGCGGCUUCUUCUUCACCCUCCAAAUCUACCAAAGCUGGAAGUGAAAAGAAAGCACUCGAGGAAGCAAGAAAAGCUACAUCUGUGUCAAGAGCCAGACCUGCUCUUCAUUCAAAGUCAAAUUCAAGUGACAGCGAGACUCCUCCAGCUACCCCCUCUCAUCGCGCUUAUAGCUUCAAAUUUUCCCUGGAAUGGGUGCAACAGUUUGAAAAGGCGCAUUUGAUCCUCCAAAACGGCGCAACCGGAAAAGGACCCGUGGGUUUCAACGGGCCUAAUGAAAGAAAACUUACGCCGCCACGUCUUCCUGCCCCAGCACACGCAUGGCUUGGCGCCCGGGUCCCAGGUAUGAGCAAGGAAGUAAUACCACAGGAUCCAAAACUUGCGGGGAGAGACAGAUCUACGAGAGCUAAAUAUUCGGGAAGAGCGUUGGCGGAAUGGACAAUGAUUGUGGGGGAGUGUAAUAAUUUCGUCGAGAGGAGGAGAAAGGAAGGAGUACCGAAUUUGAGAUGGGUUGAGGUUCCUACCUUGGGGGUGGAUGGAUUUAGAAAAUUCGCUGCUUGA